GGUAAAAGACCAGAUGACAGAAAUCUUCUGAAAGGAAGAAUGAGUUUCAAGCUUUCUCACUAAAUUGGACAAAGACAUUGAGUCUCUUUGACGGAGCAGGGUGAACUGAAUUGUUUACAAGUUACUGGAGAAAGAGAGCGAUGGAUGCAGAAGCUGAAGAUAAAACGCUGCGGACUCGCUCUAAAGGAACGGAGGUACCAAUGGAUUCCCUAAUCCAGGAGCUCAGUGUUGCAUAUGAUUGCUCCAUGGCGAAGAAGAGAAGGGCUGAAGAGCAGGCUUUGGGUGUCCCAGUCAACAAAAGGAAAUCCCUGCUAAUGAAGCCCCGACACUACAGCCCAAACAUGGACUGCAAAGGGGACCGAGACGACAGGACCGAAGAUGAUGGCCUCCCUGAAACAAACGAUCGCGCUGCUGCAGAAGAAAUCAUGAUAAAACCUGCGGAUGAGAAUCUUCAUUCAACUGCACAAGAAAACUCCCCUCAGAAAGAAGACCAAUAUACUUGUUAUCAAGAGCUGGUAGUCAAAUCUCUAAUGCACUUGGGGAAAUUUGAAAAAAAUAUGUCUGUCCAGACUAUAAGUGAAAACCUCAAUGACAGUGGCAUCCAAUCUUUAAAAGCAGAGAGUGAUGAAACAGACGAGUGUUUUAUGAUUCAUUCUGAUGAUGGAAGAGACAAAGUGGAUGAUUCCCAGCCCCCAUUCUGCUCUUCUGAUGACAGUGAAAGUAACUCUGAAAGUGCAGAGAAUGGGUGGGACAGUGGUUCCAACUUGUCAGAAGACACCAAACCUCAGAGAGGCCCAAAGUACAUGUUAGCAGAUAAGAAAAAAGAUCUACUGGAAAUUCCUGAAAUAAAAACAGAAGGUGACAAAUUUAUCCCUUGUGAGAACAGGUGUGAUCCUGAUGCAGACCUGAGAGAACCGCAGAAUGUUCAUGUGGAGCCCUUGGAUGGCAAAGCCCAAUCUGCCUUCACUGAGACUGAGGAAGAAGACAGGGAGAGCCUGGCCACAAUGACAGAAGAAUCCAGUGAUCUGGAGAAAGCCAAGGGGAACCUGAGUUUGCUGGAGCAGGCCAUUGCUCUGCAGGCUGAGCGAGGCUGCGUUUUCCACAGUACUUACAAAGAGCUGGACAGAUUUCUGCUAGAACACCUGACGGGGGAAAGGCGGCAAACCAAAGUUAUUGACAUGGGUGGAAGACAAAUUUUUAACAACAAACAUUCACCGAGGCCUGAAAAGAGGGAGACCAAGUGCCCUAUCCCCGGGUGUGAUGGCACAGGACAUGUGACCGGGCUCUAUCCCCACCACCGCAGCCUUUCAGGAUGCCCCCACAAAGUGCGGGUUCCCCUGGAAAUUCUUGCCAUGCAUGAAAAUGUGCUCAAGUGUCCCACCCCUGGAUGCACAGGAAGGGGUCAUGUGAACAGUAAUCGCAACACUCACAGGAGUCUUUCUGGUUGUCCAAUUGCUGCAGCUGAAAAAUUGGCAAUGUCCCAGGAUAAAAAUCAGCUUGAUUCUUCCCAAACUGGGCCGUGUUCUGACCAGGCACACAGGACAAGCUUGGUGAAGCAAAUUGAGUUCAAUUUCCGAUCACAAGCCAUCACUUCUCCCAGAGCCACAGUAUCGAAAGAACAAGAGAAGUUUGGAAAAGUACCAUUUGAUUAUGCCAGUUUUGAUGCCCAAGUCUUCGGUAAACGUCCCCUUGUACAAACAGGGCAAGGACGAAAAACUCCACCAUUUCCUGAAUCAAAGCAUUUUUCAAAUCCAGUCAAAUUUCCUAAUCGACUGCCUAGUGCAGGCGCCCACACACAGAGCGCGAGCCGUGCCAGCUCUUAUAGCUACGGUCAAUGUAGUGAAGACACCCACAUAGCAGCAGCUGCUGCUAUCCUGAACCUUUCCACCCGCUGCAGGGAAGCCGCAGACAUCCUCUCCAACAAACCACAGAGUCUGCAUGCCAAGGGAGCCGAGAUAGAAGUGGAUGAAAAUGGGACAUUGGACUUAAGCAUGAAAAAAAAUCGAAUCCUGGACAAGGCUGCACCCCUAACUUCCUCUAAUACUACCAUUCCAACACCUUCAUCUUCCCCAUUCAAAACAAGCAGCAUUCUGGUCAAUGCAGCAUUCUAUCAGGCUCUCUGUGACCAAGAGGGCUGGGACACUCCUAUCAACUAUAGCAAAACUCAUGGGAAGACAGAGGAGGAGAAAGAGAAAGACCCAGUGAACUCUCUGGAAAAUUUAGAGGAAAAAAAAUUUCCUGGAGAGGUCUCUAUACCAAGUCCUAAACCCAAGCUCCAUGCAAGAGAUCUCAAAAAAGAACUAAUCACCUGUCCAACACCAGGAUGUGAUGGAAGUGGCCAUGUCACAGGAAACUAUGCGUCUCAUCGCAGUGUUUCUGGAUGUCCGUUAGCAGAUAAGACUCUUAAGUCCCUCAUGGCUGCCAACUCUCAGGAGCUUAAGUGUCCAACCCCAGGCUGCGAUGGGUCCGGGCAUGUGACUGGAAACUAUGCUUCCCACAGAAGUUUGUCCGGCUGUCCUCGUGCAAGAAAAGGGGGCGUCAAAAUGACUCCUACCAAGGAAGAAAAAGAAGACCCUGAACUUAAAUGUCCUGUAAUAGGGUGUGACGGCCAAGGUCACAUAUCAGGUAAAUACACAUCACACCGCACAGCUUCUGGCUGUCCCCUGGCUGCCAAGAGACAGAAGGAGAAUCCUCUCAACGGGGCCCCUCUCUCCUGGAAACUGAACAAGCAAGAGCUGCCCCAUUGUCCCCUGCCAGGUUGCAAUGGGCUGGGCCAUGUAAAUAAUGUUUUUGUCACCCACAGAAGCUUAUCUGGAUGUCCUCUCAAUGCACAAGCUAUCAAAAAGGGCAAGGUCUCUGAAGAACUAAUGACCAUCAAACUCAAAGCCACCGGGGGUAUAGAAGGUGAUGAAGAAAUUAGGCAUUUGGAUGAAGAAAUAAAGGAACUAAAUGAAUCUAACCUUAAAAUUGAAGCAGAUAUGAUGAAACUUCAGACUCAGAUCACAUCAAUGGAGACCAACUUGAAGACAAUAGAGGAAGAGAACAAACUCAUAGAACAGAAUAAUGAAAGUCUGCUAAAGGAACUGGCAGGUCUGAGUCAAGCUCUCAUUUCAAGCCUUGCUGACAUCCAGCUUCCACAAAUGGGACCUAUCAGUGAGCAGAAUUUUGAAGCAUAUGUAAAUACACUCACAGACAUGUACAGCAAUCUGGAGCGGGACUAUUCCCCGGAAUGCAAAGCUCUCCUGGAAAGUAUCAAACAGGCAGUGAAGGGUAUCCAUGUGUAGGAUCACAGUGCUGCCGGGCAACAGAGAUCACCAACAGCAGUCAACUCCAGAUGGACCUGUGAAGGGGUUCAUGUACUGCUAAGGCUUGGAGGUUGCCAUAUGCAUUUACAACUGCAACAUUGCACUAAUUUUUCCCCAGCUGACAUAAAAAGGAAAGAAAAACUAUGAUAGACUCUUUGGAUUAAAAGCAAUGCAGUCAGUGAUUAGAUCUUAUUUAUUUUCAUAUGUUUUUCUUUUAUUUCUUCAUUGCACUCUUUCUUUUGUAAAGUAUAUGUAAAAUAAAUGUGACAUUUUUAUAUUUUAUUUAUUACUAAUCAAAGAGUUUUUUAUCUUUUAACUGCAUUUUGAAGUCUGCCAUAUUUUUACAAGUGUGUUUAUUAAUUUAUUUUCUAAUAGGACUUAAAUAGAAAUGCUAUUCUCAAAUCAUCUAUCUUGCUGGGUUAAAAUGAGAAAACAAAAAAAGUGUGAAAGAAAUCCUUGUCUAAGGACUGCACUAUGGUUCGAGUUUGAUUUUUAUUGCACACUUCUUUUUCCCCCUCUUCCACUGGUUUUUGUAUUUAUAAUUGAAUUUGCAGUAAGGUGAGCUGCGUGGAAGGAAUAAGAAGAUAAAUGGCGCCCACUGGUGGGGAAUCCGCACUCACAGAAGCACAGACACUGGAAAACAGCCUGCUCAGAAUUUGUUAGCAAUAAUUAAAUAUAGCAAUCAGCAAAGUAUUCAGCUUGGCUGUGUGGUUUUAGUUCCUAUGAAUUAUUUAUUUGAAAUGUCUUAAAGAAACAUAAGCAUUUUUUAGUGAUGCAGAUUUGUCUGUUUUUCAAGUCAUAUCACAUAGUUGGCAACUCUUAUCCUAAGACGAGAAAUAAUCACUUGAUGUGACCAGCCAGGCUUUCCUGCCAUAUGUUGGUACAAUAUACAAGUGACAACAUUGGUGUAGAUUUGUACUUAGCAAAUGCAAACACAUCCAAAUGGAAAAUUUUGUAGAUACCAUAUCCCCUGAAAUAGCAUUUAUCCUACUGGGUUUGACUGGAAAGGAAUGGAAAAUAGAGUAAAAUGUGAAAAAAAAAAUAUUACUCCAAUCUGAAUGAUUACUUUGAACACUGGCAACAUUGGUAUCACCAUCCUUAGGAAAUAGGAUUCGAUUUGAUAAAAACCUUGCCAUUGAUACAAAGCAUCCACAUGCUUUCACACACACAAACACACAGGCAGACUCACACACACAGGCAUGCACGCACACACACACACUCUCACAGACACCCAUCCACACAUAAAAUUGAGCCCGCGAUCUUGAAUUUCUGAAUGGGUCAGAGUUUAGUAGUUGCUAUAGUAAAGGCAAUGUCUAUUUCAGGGACUGUAAAGUAGUUAAUCAUUGUUUCAAAAGUUUUUUUAUAUUUAUUUUUUUUAAGGAAAAGGUAUAGACAACCAGCUAAACUGCCUUUUUGGUGUGCACACACAUUUCAUGUGCAGACGUGCCUCAGUGUAAAUGUACACAUGAACUUAGUGUGGGCUUAAUUUUCUGUGCUAUAACAAAAGUGUUUAUUUUUGAUUAGCCUCAUGGAUAUUUAGAUUGAAUGUGAUGGCAUUCACAGGCUUGAUAUAUUCCACUCUUGCUAAAGUUACCUGCACAAAAACACGAAAAGUGAUAUUCCACAGUAAUUCCACCUCCAUGAAAUUGUGGUCAUUGUUAUGCAUCAAGUGGGGCUUCUCUUUGGUUUGGGGUUCAUUUGAACUCUUGAAUCUUAGUUUAGUGAAGAUGAAAUGUCUGUUCUUAGGUAGGAAAGGUGUUUAUUUAAAAAUCAAUUUUAAAGAAAAAGCUACCAUAUGUGCUGUCUAUUAUAAAUGGGACACCAAACAAAUUUUCUAUUAAAGUUAUGUACUUGCAAACAUUUUGCUAUACAGUACUUCAUAGAUGCAUACAAAUGAGUUCACUUAUUACAAAGACAAAAGUUUAAUUUGCUAAAUAUUUUAACAAGUUUGUUAUAUAUUUUAUUUAAUUUAAAAAGAAAUCUCUUACCAACCUAUGUAUUUAUUACUAUAAUUUACUAUGACUUCAGGUUAAUUUAUUUGUGUUUGCAUAGAUUGAACAGGAUGUUUUUGUGAAGUAUGUUGGUAUUUAUUUGCCUCCUUUGUACUUGAUGUGUUUUGUAAUGUGCACUGAUUUUUUUCUUUUCAACUAUGUUAAUGAUCGAUACUGUAAAUUGGGUCUUUUGUAAACAACAAAAUGGCAAUGAUGUAUGCAUUUUUUUUAAUUUGAGGUAGUUUGUUUGUAUCCUGUUUCUCCAAACAAUUAAUAUUUCUUACAUCAAAGCAACAAAAUUGUGUUCAGUGCUGUACAUUUGGUGUAUGGUAGGAAAUAAAAAUUGAUAAUGA